CUUUAGAAAAAAGGUAAUGAAAGCUGAAGAAACAGUUUGCAGACAACAUUGAAGAGAAGUAUUAGAGAUUCUUUGUCUCUUUCUCUGUCGCAUUGAUUCGAAAAAAGUGUGGCAGAGAAAACCAUGGCUAUGGCGGAGAUGGCUAUGAAGUCUUCACUAUCUGCAAAACUCACUCUUCCUUCUUCUUCUUCCAAGAAGACACUGAGACAAAUCUCUGUUUCACUUCCAACAUCAACUUCAAUCUCUCUGUUAUCUCUCUUUGCAUCUCCUCCUCAUGAAGCUAAAGCUGCUGUUUCCAUUUCCAAGGACCAAAUCGUCUCCUCUAUCACUGAAGUGGAGAAAACAAUCAAUCAAGUUCAAGAAACUGGUUCUAGUGUUUUUGAUGCAACUCAGCGUGUGUUCCAAGUAGUAGGAGAUGCUCUUAAACCAGCUUUGGACACUGCUUUACCACUCGCGAAGCAAGCUGGUGAAGAAGCUAUAAAGCUUGCUUCUCCUGCUUUCUCAGAAGCUUCAAAGAAAGCUCAAGAAGCAAUGCAGAGCUCUGGUUUUGAUUCAGAGCCUGUCUUUAAUGCUGCAAAGACCGUAACAGAUGUAGCUCAACAGACGACAAAAGCGAUAGAAGAUGCUAAGCCGAUUGCUUCGUCGACCAUUGAGACGAUUUCUUCAGCUGAUCCUAAUGUCAUUGUUGUUGCUGCUGGUGCUGCGUUUCUUGCUUACCUUCUUCUCCCCCCUGUUUGGUCUGCCAUCUCUUUUAACUUCCGUGGAUACAAAGGUGAUCUCACGCCGGCUCAAACGCUUGAUCUUCUUUGCACCAAGAACUACUUGAUGGUAGAUAUAAGAUCAGAGAAAGACAAGGAGAAAGCCGGAAUUCCACGGCUCCCUUCAAAUGCUAAGAACCGUGUGAUCGCCAUUCCAUUAGAAGAACUACCGAACAAAGUAAAAGGAAUAGUGAGGAACUCGAAACGAGUUGAAGCAGAGAUAGCAGCAUUAAAAAUUUCUUACCUCAAGAGAAUCAACAAAGGCUCUAAUAUCAUCAUCUUGGACUCAUACUCGGAUUCGGCUAAAAUAGUGGCGAAAACGUUAAAGGUUCUCGGGUUCAAGAAUUGUUAUAUUGUGACAGAUGGAUUCUCUGGUGGCAGAGGAUGGUUACAGAGCCGGUUAGGUACUGAUUCUUACAACUUCUCGUUCGCGCAAGUAUUGUCUCCAUCGCGGAUUAUCCCGGCAGCUUCUAGAAGUUUUGGCACUAGAUCCGGAACCAAGUUCCUUCCUAGCUCCGACUGAAAAACAAGAGGAUACUAUAUAUAGUUUAAAAGUGUUGUUUUAUAUUCCCUUUUGAUAAGAUUUUCGAAUUAUUUACUUGUCUUUUACAUUUGAUGAUCAUUUGUGUAACCAGAAAAUAAGAUGAAAUUGAAACAGUAGUAGCUGAUCAUUAGAAAAA